UCCGUAACGACAAAGUAUGCACGCAUGCGCACAUGACGUGAACCGGUCCUUCUUCUGUAAACUUCCAUCACAUCAACAAUCGAUUCAUUAUUGAAACUCAGAAAUGCCAACAAAAGGUUAUAUGUUUGGAAAGAAAAAACGUUACUGUAAGCCCAGAGGACGACAUGCUUCAAAGACAAAUGCACAAUUACAAAGCUCUGUUUUGGAUACAGCUGGAUCUGAAGCAGCAACAACACAGCCUGCAAGUGCAGCUGAGCGAAAAAUAUCCCUAACUGUAGUUACUAACGCUGAUAACACCAAUAAGAGGCUGCCUGAAGAUUUCAUAUACGUCAUGAUGAAUUCAAUGCAAUUGACCACAAUGGUCUCCUUGUUGUGCUGUCCACAUUGCUUUGACAACAAAUUAACUAUGUGCAUCACACAAUCAAAAGGCAUGGCUCAUUUGAUUAAAAUCAAAUGCCUAAAUUGUGAAACAUAUUUGUGGUCCGACUGGACCUCAAAAAAAAGUAAUGAUGUUCAUCUGGAUAUUAAUGUCCGCGCUGUCGCUGCAUUAAAAGAAUCUGGAAUCUCGCAUUCUAAAUUUGAUAGGUUUUGUGGACUUAUGAGUAUGCCCUGCAUGCACAGAAAUACUUAUAACAAUCUAGCUAACAUAGUCAAUACUGCUAUAAUUGAAGCUGGUGAAGAAUGUAUGAUUAGGGCAUCUGCUGUUGUGCAUGGAAGAAACAUUUCACAACCUCUAACUACAGAUGAAAGAAUAAGUUCAACAGGCUGUCCUGUUAUUACAGUUUCUUUCGAUGGGACUUGGCAUAAAAGGGGCCACUCAUCUCAUUCAGGAAUUGGCACAGUUAUUGAUUUUGAUACUGGACUCGUCAUCGACACCGAAGUCCUAUCAAAUUAUUGCCAUGUUUGUGAUUCAAACUCUGCAGAACUAAAUUUUGAUGCCUCUAAGCAUAUGUGUCAAAAAAACUUCAGUGGCUCAGCAAAUGCAAUGGAGGCCGCAGCAGCAUCCAAAAUCUUUUCGCGCUCUGUGGCAUCCAGAAAACUUGUUUAUGGCACGAUGCUGUGUGAUGGCGAUAGUAAAUCGCAUUCAUCUGCCAUUACCAACUCAGGAUAUGAUGUAGAAAUCUUAAAAGAGGACUGCAUUAACCACAUCUCAAAAAGAAUGUUUAAUGCUUUGAACAAUUUAAAAAUGUCUAACAAAAAAGAACUAAAUUAUAGGCUUACAAAGCCAAAAAUUGAAAAAAUUACAAAUUACUAUUCCAAAGCUCUGCGCCAAAAUGCUCCCGACAUUCAAAAAAUGAAGCUGGCUGUUAUGGGCUCAUUUUUUCAUAUGAUGAGCUCAGACCUAGAUCAUAACCACAGGUUGUGUCCUGAUGGCGCUACAUCUUGGUGUCACUUUAAGAGAUCAGAGGCACUAAAACAGCCAUAUAAAAAACACAACCAGACCAUCACAUCAGAAAUAGGUAAACUGUUAUUUCCUAUAAUGAAAAGACUAACAGACACAGAUCUGUUAAAAAGAUGUUCUAGAAUGGGAACACAAAACGCCAAUGAAUCUUUUCAUUCCCUCAUUUGGCAAAGAUGCCCCAAAACAGAAUUCGCAACAUUAAAAACGGUAAGGGCUGCGACAUACCUUGCUGUUUUAGCCUUCAAUAAUGGACCUGUUGGCAUCAGAUCAGUUUUUGACAUAUUAGGCAUUCCCUGGACACUAAAGAACAUUUCUUCUAGUGAGAAAAAGCAAAAUGUCAAACUACAGCUUGUUAGAAAAAGAAAAUCAAUCGCAUUAGUGUCCAGGAGAAAAAACUUGAAAAAACGAAGAAUUGAGCAUGAGCACCGGGCAGAGGUUCUAGAAGGUCCAACCUAUCAAUCAGGCCAUUUUAAUGAAUAGUUUUUUGUUUUUUUUAUUAUCUAUUAUGUUGUUUUAUGUUAAUAUUCCCUUUUUUUUCAUUUUUAUGGUUACAAUAAAUAUUUUAUAUCAUUUUAAAAACUUUAAA